AUGAAAAUGUGAUCUAUGAAGUUUCUAGUAAUAAUAAAAUUAUUGAGAAGCUUGUUAGUAUGUUUAAUUCUGAAAAUGCUAAUGAAUCAAAUGAAACAAAUAAUGUAGAUGAAAAUGAUGAUAAUAAUGAAUUACCGAUUAUUAGUACUAAUGCAACAUUAGAAAAUUUGAAUAAUGUUAGAUUGUUUUUACUUCAACAAGAAGAAACUGUUGAGAUUG